GCUGGUUAAGUUAUAGCUUAAUUAAUUAACUAGCUAACGUUAGAGAGUUAGGCUAAUUGACAGUAGACUGUACUGUAAACUAGGUUAGCAAGCUAGGCAUGUUUAUGUCGACGUUUAUAAUUUUGAACAAAAUAUCAAUUUAUUGGAUGGAACAAAUGACUGUUGAGGAGAAUGAUAUUAAGACUUUUUAAUGGUCACAACUGCAUUACAAACUAUAAAUAAAUACAGCUAAAGGGAACCUAAUCUAUGUUAAUCUGAUUGCUAAUAAACUACAUAUUGUAAAUUGUCAGCCCAGUGAUUUAUUAAGACUUUUUAAGGUGUUUCCAUAUCAAUGCACACAAAAGUACAGAAAAAUCUGAAGUAACGCGUACAAUGACGUUGUAGUUAACUUUGAGGAGCAUGCUGAGUGACAGAGUAGUUGCAAAUUGAGAGUCAACCAUUUUCAGUAAUGUGCUUGCUCACAUCAUCCUAUGAAAUCACCUGGAGUGAUGUAACAGCUGCAGUGUGUGAUCUGAGAGCACAGUGGGCUGUCUGUCCGUCUGUCAGUCAGUCAGUCAGUCUCAGGUGGAGCUGCUGCUACUUCACAACACUCACAGUGGGGCUGACACAGGACGGCCAUGAAGAUAACCUGAGGUCUAUUUGGUGCCAAAGCCUUGUUCUUGUGGGGAGGAUUUUGACUGGAGGUCUCCAUGUGAAGCACUGGGAGUCAUGACCGACUUGUGGUUGAUAUCUGUCCCUCUGGACAAGACCAGUUUAACCAGUGUAGAAAAACUCAAGCGCACCAUUGCCAAAACCAACCAGGCCUCCUGCUGCAAGUUCUCUAUUCCAGAUCUCAAGGUGGGAAUACUGGACAGUCUGCUCAGCGUGUCAGAUGAUCUCUCCAAGCUGGACACACUGACUGAAAGUGUGAUUAAAAAAACACACCAGUGUAUGAGGGAAGUGAUGGAGCAGUCCACUGACAAAGUGAUGGAAAACGCCUUAGCCAAUGGAGACCACGGCAGGAAUCAGAAAGCCGUCCUGUCAUCCCUGAAAGCUUACCUGAAGUCUCUGAGGGUGGACCUGAUGAGCUACGUGACCAAGUUUCAGUGGGACAAAGCCAAGUAUCCCACCGCUCUGCCUCUCUCCAGCCUCGUGGACAUCCUCAACAAGGACGUUUCCCAGAUGGAGACAGAGUUAAAAUCCCGAGCUGCGGCGUACAACAGUGUGAAAACAAGCUUGCAAAGCCUUGAGCACAAGCAAAAUGGGCCUUUGCAAACUCGCAGUCUGAAUGACAUAGUGAAGAAGGAAGACCUGGUGGUCUCAGAGUACCUCACCACACUACUGGUAUUAGUGAACAGAGGGAGCUACUUGCAGUGGGAGAGGACCUAUGAAUCCUUGUCAGAGUUUGUGGUUCCACGGUCCAGCAGGAAGCUGUACGAGGAUGGAGAGGGAGGCGUUUUCUCAGUUACACUUUUCAAAAGAGCUGUGUGUGAAUUUAAAGCCAAAGCCCAGGAGAGCAAGUUCACCGUGCGCGAGUACAGCUUUGAUCUGGAGGAGAAGAGGCAGCAGGAGAUGAAGCAGCUUAGUGUUCACAAGAAGGAGCAAUAUGGAACCUUUGUGCGCUGGCUGAAGGUGAAUUUCAGUGAGGUGUUUGUUGCCUGGAUUCACUUGAAAGCAUUGAGGGUGUUUGUGGAAUCAGUUGUCAGGUAUGGGUUACCGGUGAACUAUCAGGCUCUUCUGCUGCAGACGGACAGGAAGCGUUCAAAGAAACUGAGAGAAGAACUCUCCUCACUGUUCAUGCAUCUGGACCCCACUGCCACUGCCAGCAAGACAGAUGUAAGCAGUGACAUCCCAGGGCUCUGUCAGCAAGAGUACUUCUCCUACAUCUGCUUCCAUAUCAACACCAAUGUGCUGGAGGUCAGCUAGCAGUCUGCAAACAGAGGACCCACACAAUGACCAAGCAAUAAGGGCCCUGUCACUCAUGAAGUGGAUGGCUCCAAACCAGUCAGAACAGGAACAUAAAGACCCUCAACUCUAAACUAAAACACAUCUAGUGAAGAAUAUAUCCUUGAAUAUCUUGGUUUUCAGCAUGUUGAGCCAGAAAUUAAUGUCUAGCUUCCAUUGGACAGCAGUGUAAAUAAUCUUGUCAGGUGAACAGUGGAUGGAAUACACCACAAUAUCAGCUGCACAUGGACUACAUUGUGUGAUGUGCUGCGCAUGGACCUGCAGAACCAUUUAAAUGUGUUUAAUUGCUAAAAAAAAAAGUUGUUUAGUGUUUUCUUUCAGAAGAACAUGUGCUGUAAACGUUAAUGUUAUUCCUCCUAGA